UUGUGUCUCUGUGCUAGCAAAAUGACUGGCCAAGUCGGGGUAGAGAGCUCGGACCUGUCGGUGCACCGUCUCUCGGUGAAAACGUCCAUGGAGGACGAGUGCGAGCGAGUUGACAGCACCCUGAGUCGCACGCACUCUGUGUACGACGACACGUGCUCAGAGCUGCAGAGGGUGGCGACCAUCGAGGCCCGGGGCGGUAACUCGCAGAACUCCUUCCGUGGGAGGGGAGCACUAUCGCGCCUGGUGAGCAUGGUGAUCACGCUGCGCGAGUGGGCCCAUAAGAGCCUGCUGGAGCAGGAGGAGCGACCCGACUCCUUCCUGGAGAGGUUCCGUGGGCCCGAGCUGCACGCUGCGCCCAGCCGCAUCAGCAACAGCCGCGCUGAUGCUACUGGUGCCGAAACGGUCCGACACAAGAAAAAGAGAGACGUGUUUGUCGUGGCACCUGCAGACGACAUCUACUACCGCUGGCUGUUCCUUAUUGCCACUGCUGUGUUUUAUAACUGGUGUCUCCUCGUGGCCAGGGCCUGUUUCGACGAGCUUCAGACUCACAACUUCAUCCUUUGGCUGGUGUUGGACUACCUUUCCGACGCAGUGUACAUCCUGGAUUCCUGCGUCCGACUGCGCACCGGGUUCCUGGAGCAGGGCUUGCUGGUGAAGGACCUGUCGAAGCUGCGUGACCACUAUAUCCGCACAAUGCAGUUCAAACUGGACGUGAUUUCCAUCCUUCCUACAGACUUAGCUUACAUCUCCAUGGGGGUCCACAUGCCUCAACUGCGAUUCAAUCGGCUGCUUCGUUUCUCCCGUUUGUUUGAAUUCUUUGACCGCACCGAGACACGGACCAGCUACCCAAACAUCUUCCGCAUUGGCAACCUGGUGCUCUACAUCCUUGUGAUCAUCCAUUGGAAUGCCUGCAUCUACUUUGCCAUAUCUAAGUCGCUGGGCUUUGGCUCCGAUUCCUGGGUGUACCCCAACAUCUCGGACCCAGAGUUCAGUUCUUUGACACGUGGGUACAUUUACUCCCUGUACUGGUCCACUCUUACCCUCACCACCAUUGGGGAGAUGCCUGCACCUGUUAAGGACGAGGAGUAUCUCUUUGUGGUCUUUGACUUCCUAGUUGGUGUUCUGAUCUUUGCUACCAUUGUGGGAAAUGUGGGCGCCAUGAUCUCUAAUAUGAAUGCCAAUAGGGCCGAGUUCCAGGCCCGCAUCGAUGCCAUCAAGCAAUACAUGCAGUUUCGUAAGGUCAGCAAGGAGCUAGAAGCACGUGUCAUCAAAUGGUUUGACUACCUGUGGACCAACAAGAAGACGAUGGACGAACAGGAGGUGCUGAAGAACCUGCCCAACAAGCUGCGGGCAGAGAUUGCCAUCAAUGUACACCUAGACACGCUGAAGAAGGUCCGCAUCUUCCAGGACUGUGAGGCAGGUCUGCUGGUAGAACUGGUCCUCAAACUCAGACCACAAGUGUUUAGCCCGGGGGACUACAUCUGCCGCAAGGGCGACAUCGGUAAGGAGAUGUACAUCAUAAAGGAAGGUCGGCUGGCGGUGGUGGCGGACGAUGGAGUCACACAGUACGCUAUUCUGACAGCGGGUAGCUGCUUCGGGGAGAUCAGUAUCCUCAACAUUCAGGGCAGCAAGAUGGGCAACCGAAGAACCGCCAACAUCCGCAGUAUUGGCUACUCUGACCUCUUCUGCUUGUCCAAGGAUGACCUCAUGGAGGCAGUGAUGGAGUACCCUGAUGCCAAGAAGGCUUUAGAGGAGCGUGGGCGUGAGAUCCUGCUAAAGGAGGGGCUGUUAGAUGAGAACGUGGCAGCGGGGCUGGGUGGAGAGGAGAUGGAGGAAAAGGUGGAGCGGCUGGAGGCCUCGCUGGACACUCUCCAGACACGUUUUGCCCGGAUGCUCGGUGAAUACACGGCCACGCAGCAGAGGCUGAAGCAACGGCUCACUACACUGGAGCGUUGUUUGCGCUGCACCGGGAGCGGCUUCCUGUCUGAUGCCGACGGUAACGAGAGCGCCUGCGAUGCAGACGGCACACGCAGCGAGAACUACACCCUGCUCUGAGCUCAGCCUCUUUUCCCCACCCAACAGGACGCUGGCAAUAUUUACGAUUUUCACGUGUGAUCACAGACACGUGUGCACACACA